AUGCCAUUACAUAUCUAUAUCGCUCACUCGGGAGAGCACCUACUGGCGGAUCCGGUCGUGUUUGCUUCACCGGAAUCGCUUCGAACAUGGAUUGCCCGGCAAACGUCCAUUCCGAUCUCUAGGCAAAUAUUGAUGACCGCGCAAGGAAAGAAUGUCAAGACUCAAACAUUGGCGACCGAGACCGAAAUCUUCGUCUACGACCGGCAGUAUGUCAGCGAACCGGCCGACUUUGAGGUCCCUGGGCUUCAGCCUACAGAGCCAUUUCAACCACAGAGGCCCCCGGCUUCCUUGGCUGACCAGAACGACCUUCAAUCAUGGCGGAAUCUCUUCAAAACAAGAAAAGACUGGGCCAGGGAGCUAGCUUCACAGUGCGAAUCAAUGGACAACAAGACCAAGGACCAUCAUGACCGAAUCGAUGUCAUCACCCGUGCCGUAGGUGUCGCGCUCGAGAACCUCAAAUCGCACGUGGGCAGCCUUGAGCAUCGCUUUCAGGAGGCACAAACGUGGGCCAACAAUCUUCUUGAGGAGCAGCAGGCCGCGCUAGACGGUUGGCAACGCGCCCUCGGCUCACUUGAGAAGAUUCCAGCACGCAAGGAUUUUCCGAUGCUUGGACGACCAUCCACGCCCAAGAAGGAUGCUCACAAGCCAACAGGGACGCUCCGGGACUUUGUGGAUGCCAAUGAAGUGUAUCAGGCAGGGGCAGAUGCGUCGGACCUGUGUCCGCGACUUGCUGGUCAAGUCCGAGCGCUUGAAGAAGCCGUUGGUGGGAUUGCGUCCGACACACAGGCCUUGGUGGAUCAGACGGUCGCAAAUAUGGCAGAUAGGGAGGUUGGCUUGUUGGAGGAGGUAGAGACCCUUGCAAAGAAGAUUGGUUCUGACUACGAACACGUACUUGGCCUGCAAAACAACCCCAAGACGCUGGCGAAUGUUUCCAGACUUGCUUUCAAUCACACUCAAAAUCUAUUACCAUCCUUACUAGAUCUCAGCAGCGAUGUCUACCAAACCUUGGAGCGGGCACUUCGCCAGCGAAACGAUGCUGAGAAAGCCGCUUUGCGGCAGAUGCGAACGAUAUCAUCCAUCGAGUCACGCCUGGCAGACGCUCACGCUCAGCUUGCCGAUUUGGGCUUUGACACCAAGUCAUUCGACAUUCUCUACGCGGUUUUCCAGAUGCCACUGAUUUACGGAUCAGUGCUCAUCGAGUCCGUCCGGCGCCGUGAAUGGAACGAGAAGAUCAAGACCGAUUCCGAAUGUUUAGCAGAGGAGAUGACCGUCCUCAGAGAUGAGGAGCAUCGGCGUCGACGGAAGUGGGUGAAGAGUAUGGGCGAGUUUAUUUCCUUUGGAGACACCACAACACCAGCAAUAGAGAUCAAGCUUCAGAUGCAGGACACCGAUUGGCCAGAAGUCGCUCGGGCAGAGAUUGAGACAUAUAUCGAUGAUCUGCGGAAUAAGCACUCCCUCGCGGACGUCGCCGACGAGCUAGGCAACCAGCUCAAGGAUCUGGAUCAGCCAACACGACAGCAAAGGCGACGAGCGAAAGCCUUCAAGAAUGGCAGCGUCUUUGAUCUCAGUCGAAGCUCAAUGCUGCUUCGUGGCGAUGAGAUCGUACGAAGUCUGCAAGAGCAGAAAGUCAAAUUAGAAGAGCGAUUGAAGGGGUCCGACAGCCGCAUUCGAAAAUUAGAGGAUUUACUCCAUCGCCAAAGCCAUAUGAGUCGUCCUUCAAGUGGAAAUUUUGGAAAUGAUUUUUCCGUCUCACCUGCAUCACCUCACCCCGACGCUCUCUCGAGACGCUCCUCUGUCUCAUCAAGGCGGGUCUCUGUGACUCAGUCCCCCGAGGAUAAAGCUCUGGUUCAACGCAUUGUCACCUUGGAAGCUGAACUCAAUGCGGAGAGAGAAACGGUUCAACGGCUUCUCAAGGAAGCUCACGCUGAGCGUCAAUCGAGUUCGGACAAGUAUCAAGAAGCUCAAUCAACCAAGCAGGAUCUCAUUGGGAAUCUUGAAGCGCGACAACGCGAAUUCGAAGACGAGCGAAGAUACCUGGAUGUGGAAUUGAAAAGAUUCAGACUUCGCGCGGAAGAGGUCGAGGAGGAGCUUGACCGGCUUGUUGAUAGUCGAGACCACGAGAGACAAGAGAUGGAAGAGCGACUUCAGCAAAUGGACACUGACCUGCAGGCAGCGCGUGCCCAGACCGCUGAGGUUGACCGCAGGGCGGAAGAUCUCAGCAAUCAAUUCGCCUCUCUCCAAAGCAGGGAAGCCGAGCUCCAAAAAGGAUUCGAUGAUUUGAAGUGUCAGCGCGGUGAGCUGAGUGAAAAGGAAAGGGAAUAUUGGACUGCUCUUCAGGCAGCGUUCCUAAUUCUUUCACCCGGUGGAAUGGUACCGACCGAGCUACCCGAUAUGAUCAAAGCCAUCGAGGUUCUAUCUGAGGGAUUGUCGAUCCAUGCUAGAAAUGCGGAGAGCAAUGCCUCGAGAUUGACGGACGAGAACAAAGAACUCGAGGAAAAAAUUUCACAACUAUCUUAUGAACUCGAGGGAAGGCUCAAGGUCGCCGAAGACCGGGAGGCUGAAAUCAGUAGAUUGUCGCAGCAGCUGAAAGAAGAAGCGUCGAAUCUCGAGUUUGUCAAAUCUGAACUGGACCAAGAGCGCUCCAGGCUCAACAUGCUGCAGACUCAAGUUUCAGCCGGCGAAAAUGGAUCCGAUGCCUUGCGGGAACAAAUCGCCGAGGGCGAACGUCUCUGUGCGGAUUUAACACGCAAGUUGGUCGACACCGAGUCCCACGCCCAAGAGCUAGAAAAUAAGGGUAAAGAUUGGGAAAAAAGAAUGGAGGAUGUUUUACAAACAAAUCAGCACGCUACAUCGCGACUCGAAGCCCGCGGCGAUAAAGCUCAUGAAUUGUCUAGGCAAAUUUAUACGCAGGUUGAGAAAUUGGAACGCAUGCUCGAGCAGCUUGGUUUCGCAAUCAUCCAGCAAGAUGGUCGUUUGCUCGUUCAGCGUGCAUCCAAGCUGAGCACUUCCUCAACGCUUGGCGAAAGCAUUGCUCAAUCAGGCAUCGUCACAGCGAGGCCUGAUACGAGCCUUCUUGACUGGAUGCGCGCAGAAAGCCUCGAAGAUGAACACACUCGUUUCAUUACGUUCAUGGACAGUCUGAAGCAGUUUGACGUUGCAAUCUUCGGAGAUGUGGUUGUCAAACGGGUCAAAGAUAUCGAGACUUUGGCGCGCAAGUGGCAAAAAGAAGCCAAGGUCUAUCGUGAGAAGUAUCACCGAGUGCAAAGCGAAGCCCAUGAGAAGAUCGCAUAUAGAUCCUUCAAGGAGGGGGAUCUUGCUCUUUUCCUCCCCACGCGCAACCAAGCUAUCCGCUCAUGGGCCGCUUUCAACGUCGGAGCGCCGCACUACUUCCUUCGUGAGCAAGAUUCUCACAAACUACAGACACGAGACUGGUUGUUGGCUCGUAUCAGCAAGAUCGAGGAACGGGUGGUCGACCUGUCAAAGUCGCUCAGCAGUGUCACACCUGAUCGGCGCUCGCUCGGCGAUGCCAGCGACGGUGCCUCGAUUGACGAAAAUCCCUUUGAGCUGUCCGAUGGCCUUCGUUGGUAUCUUCUUGACGCCAUGGAAGAAAAACCGGGAGCUCCAGCGACGCCCGGAAUUGCCAAAAGUACAGUUGCUUCGGCCAAUGUGGACGCCAAGGGCAGCAUUCGUCUCAAGCGGACCACCGAAGAAAGUACCGUCGCACGGACCCUAUCCAAGAGUCUUGAAAGCCGUCGCAACAGUUCGAACUCGAAACGGGGCUCAUCUACGCCCUCGCAGGUAGGCAACGACUCGGGUUCCAAUCUCGUGCGUCCAGCCGAAGCAGAGUCUAGCACCCAACCUCGUGAUUCUGACUUGGCACCCGAUGAGGUGCGCCGUGAUCUACUCUUCGGCCCGUGA